AUGUUUAAUUUCUUCAAAAGGAAAGGCGGGAAACCCGAGGCCGAGCCGGGAACGCCCGACAACAUCCGAAAGCUCCCGAACCCCGAACAUACAAAAUUAACAUCAGUCUCCGCGCGCGCGCAACGAAACGACACAGAACCAAACGAAAAAUUCAACUCUAUACGUAAAGAUGUAGUGAACUUAUUAUUACCCGAAACCGAUUACAACAACCAGAAGUCAGGAGUAGGAGCCAUCUUGCAAAUAAUGGCGGGUAAACGGAAAAAGGGUAAACGGAAGAACGCACGGACCGAAUCGUGCCGAGUGAGCCCCUUGAAAGAGACGAACGUAGUGCAGAGGAGCAACUCUGAACGUAUAGUGCCUGACGUCAUCGUUCCCACACAAGCCAAAAAUAUACCAGACGAUGCAGACUUCGUCAAAGCGCUGGUACUGCAGAAAUAUUCGAAAGGCAACGAUAAUAAUAAGCAACACGUGUCUUUGGUGUACGUGAACGAACCUGAUAUAGAUGAAAAAAAACAUGCAGAAGCAUUACUCCGUGAGAUCGCGCGAACUAUAGACAGCACAGUAGACCAGUUAAAUGAGGGGAAACAAAUGGGUGCCAACGAUAGCAAACUUAAUAAGAGUGAACCUAUGUACGAAACUAUUGAUGAACGCCGUGCUGCAUACAGAAACGAAUUAAACAGUGAAUUAAAUAAAUUAUUAGACAAAGACUCUAAAAGUGAUUCUUUAAAGUCAGUUGACGGAGACUCUCCUGGCAUUUCAAAAAAAUCUAACUUAAAACCUCCUAGAUCAGACACUGAGGGGUGUUCAGACGAUGAUAGGUCUGAUAGUGGCAAGAAAAGAGUGACUUUUAGAAAGCAUAUAGUCUUCGAUGAUGGAGAACAACAGACUGAUGAAGAAGUGUGCUCCUCUUUCGAGUCUCUAAGCUCGGAAGAUGAAGAGUAUCUCGAAGACGCUGACGAUAUAUUAUUCGAGGAUAAUAAAACAGUUAUCAACUUGAACGAGAAAACAGAACCUAUAACGAUUAAAGUGGAAAGUCCUGAUGAUUUAGUAAGGCUUUCGAGUGAUAAUAGUGAUAGUGGUUUUAUUGAGAUAGGUGAUAGGAGUGAGGUUGAGAGGACGGUGGAGGACAGUGAUGAGAGUGAAGGCAGUGAGUGUGAUGAGAGUGAGACAGAAGAGGAGAUUAUAGAGGAGAUAAUUGAAGAGAUCAUAUGCGAGCCGAUCGUUGAUGAACCGGAAAGUCAGAAGCAUUUGGAUAAUCAGAAGACUCUCGUCUCACAAGAGAGUAAAUUCCAGUCCCAAGUUGCGGCACUUACAGAGUUAGCUGACAACAGAUGUGGGGAAGCAGAGAAGGCGAGAGAACUCAUCUCCUCUUACAGACAGGAAAUAGAAGAGAAGGACCAGGAAAUUGAACAGUUAAAAUGCGAGCUCGCAGCUGCUUACAAGGAGUCAGAGCUGGUGAGGCAGCGGAGUCGUUCGUUAGAAGAGGAACUCUCUGCAGCCAGGACUUGUUCCGCAGACUUAGCUGAACAACUGCAGAGGCGGAACGAUGAAUCCAUCAGGCAGAUCAAAGCAGAAUUGGAGGAUGCUCUCGCUCACAGAGCCGAACUUGAGUCACGGGUGCUCGCGUUAGAGCGAGACAAAGAUAGACUCGAGCAGGAGAAAAUAUUACAGGAGCAUAAAGCACAAGAGGCUUUAGCAGCUGCAGAAGCGAAUACAACAAAAUGGCGUGCUGCACACGAGGCCGCGCGUUCACAAGCCGCCGCUCGCGCAGAAAGAAUGCUGGCAGACUGCGAAUGGAAGAUGAGGGAGCUGGAGAAAAGAGCCAGAGAUAACGAAAAGCAAAAGAAAGAGUUGACAGAAACGGUAGAAAAAUUAAAAGCUGAGUCUCAACCCUCUCCAGCUCAAGUCGCAGAACUCCAACAGCUAAGAGGAGUGGUUUCGGAGCAACAGCGCUCUGUCUUGUCUCUAACCCUUCAGUUGCAAAAAGUGGAGACAAGAGAAGAAGCGCUGAAGCUCGAAGUAUAUAGACUGAAAGAGCUGUUAGACAGAGAAACCGCUAGUGGGAAAGAAAAGGAAGAAAGACAUCAAAAGCAAAUUCAACGUCUACAAGAGGAGCACUCUAAGACUGUAGAGUGUGUGAAGUCGGAGCAGGCUGUGGCGCUGGCCAACUCCCGCGCAGCGCUGGAGCGUGCGCACGCCGAGCGCACGCGCAACGCGCUGCAGCAGCUGCGCGCUGAGCACGAACACGACGCUAAGAAUGCUGACAGGAAACUGAGAGAGGUCACCACUAGAUUCGAGAACCUGAAAGAAGUGCUGGCGAGUAAAGAAGUGCAGUUUGAACAAGCAAUAGCUGAGGCUCACAGCAAAGCCGACUGGGACAUAAUGCAGCUCCGACAUCUCCUCGACAAGUCCGACAUCACCUACGCGAACAAGAUCGAAGAGAUGACGCAGCGGUAUGAGAGUGAGAAAGAAGCACUCAUCUCUGAAUGGACUCAGAAGGUGGCGGCCGUAGAAGAGGAAGCAGCAAACGCAGCAAUAGAAGCUAAGCAACUUCUAGAUCAAACUAGAAUGAAUUUAAUAGCUGAGAAAUUGGACCAAGUUAAUAAAUUGAAGGAACAGCAUCGACAAGACAUGGACGAUCAAUGGGAACAGUUCAUGAUAGACAAAGAGAGUUGCCUGUCUCGAAUGAAGUUGGAGUGCCGGCAGGAAGGAGAAGAAGAAAGAGUUAAGCGAGAGAAAGAACUGUUGGAAGAGAUUGAAGAAUUAAAAUUCAAAAUGCAGUCACAAGCCUCUGAAUACGACAAUUUGUCAGCGAGGGCUGCAUCUUGUGGCAGAACACUUGCAGUCACGGAGCAGGAACUCAGAGAGGCAUUGGCGAGGGAGAGGGAGCUUCGAGAGAAGCGAUCAGAAGAUGCGACGAAGAUUAAACAGGCGGAGAACGCUGCAAGGGAUCAGGUAGAACAUCUGACGAGGAAAUGCGCCUGUUUGAGGAAGCUUUUCGAUGAUAUGCGCAAUCGUCUCGCUGCCAGAGAAAGGGCUGCUGAACAGGAAGCCAAAGGCAGAGAGAAGGAGCUUCAUCAGCUCAGAGGAGAAGUUGCCAGACUUACCAAGAUACUUUUUGAGCAAAAUACACCAAAGUUAGGAGCACGUACACGGGCAGACGGUUGUGAGAUGAUCGUGCCAGAUGAAAUCACAGCUUCCGAACCACCGCGCCGCAAGGGUGGGACCCUCCGCACCCCCGAGCUGGCCCGGAAACGGCCAACAUUACCGGAACUGACGCCGAUCCCCCCGCAAGCGCGGCAAAGCGCCAUCGACAUACAAAACGGACGACGUCGCGCCAAAAGUGUUGACCUACCCGCUGUACAAGUGCCUGUCAGAAUUAAACAAUUAGAGGAGAUGCAUAUAAAAUGA